GGGACGACAUCCUAAGACCCACCUCCACGUACACAUUCACGCCGUGCGGCUGCUGCUAUGAUCGCCGCUCUCGUCGCUCCAAAGAUUUUCUCCCCGCGAGUUCUCGUUCAUCGCGCCGGACAGUCAAGCGCUGGAGUCUUUCCUCGCGGUACAGACAAGCCGCGGCCGCAAUCCCAACCCAGCAACUCAUCCAGGCCAACAGAGACAACAAACUUCUCUCGAAAUCCGAGCGGUAGAGGAGCGUUUCGACCGAUUAUCAAACCGGGCGUGCAGCGAGACAAACCGGCAACAUUUCAGACGCCAAAACGGAAGCAUCCGUGCCCGCACUGCGACGUGAGCUGCUCGAAUCACGGCCAACUGCGCGGACACAUGAGGGUGCACACCGGGGAGCGACCGUUUCGCUGCAAGUUUCACAACUGCACGCGCUCGUUUGCUCGCAACGAGGAGCUGACGAGGCACAAGAGGAUACACAGCGGACACCGGCCCUACUCUUGCUCUCUAUGCCGCAAAUCGUUCGGUAGGAAGGAUCAUCUCAAUAAGCACCAGAGAACGCACGCGACGUGGAGCUCUGGUGUCGACUGUUCAGCGCUUGAAGAGAUUUCGACACAUAGUGACAUGCAGGUUGCAUGACGGGCAGCUAUGUAGGUAGGCUAGUACUGAGCUGCGCUUCUAGACUGUACAUAGAACUUUUUGUAUUGCGGGUUUCUGUUGUGUGUAUGAGCGUGUGCUAGGAAAUCUGAAGCCGUAGGGUAGACGAGUCAUGUACUGUGCUGU